CGUAGGCUAUUAAGAACCACAUGCAAUUUAAAACAAAACAGAUAUAUAUCAUGCAUUAUCUUUAUUUAUAGAUCUGUUGGCUUAAGAUCGUGGCAGAAAGCAAAGCAUGGAUACAGAAGACUCCAUCAAGCAAACUGUACUCAUUACAGGAGGCGGUGGUUACUUUGGCUUCCGUCUAGGUUGCGCCCUUUCGAAGAUGGGAGUGGGUGUGAUCCUGUUUGACGUGUCACAGCCCAUCCUAGAGAUACCAGAAGGAGUGACAUUUGUGCAGGGCGACAUCCGUGUCGCCUCCGAAGUGGAAGGAGCAGUCCGCGGCGUGAGCUGCGUCUUCCACGUCGCUUCCUACGGAAUGUCUGGCCGGGAACAGCUGAACCGCCAACGUAUCGAAGAUGUGAAUGUGAGAGGGACUGAGAACGUCAUCCAGGCUUGCCGGAAAGUAGGAGUCUCGAGGCUGGUUUACACGAGCACGUAUAAUGUGGUGUUUGGAGGCCAGGUAGUGGAAAACGGGGAUGAGUCUUUGCCUUAUCUACCUCUGCAUCUUCACCCUGAUCAUUAUUCGAGGACCAAAGCAUUAGCGGAGAUGAAAGUCCUGGAGGCAGACGGCAUGGUGCUUGGGAAUGGCCUGGGGGUGCUGAAGACUUGUGCCUUGAGACCUGCUGGCAUCUAUGGGCCUGGGGAGCAGAGACACCUUCCGAGAAUCGUCCACUACAUAGAACGGGGAUGGUUUCGGUUUGUUUAUGGGGACCCCAGAAGCCUAGUUGAUUUUGUGCAUGUCGAUAACCUGGUCCAAGCUCACAUCUUGGCUUCUGAGGCUCUGGGAGCUGGCAAGGGGUACAAGGCAGCUGGACAGGCCUUCUUCAUUUCGGAUGGUAGGCCGGUCAACAACUUCAAAUUUUUCCAGCCUUUGGUCGAAGGCCUGGGCUACACCUUCCCGACUCUCCGGCUCCCUCUCCUGCUCGUUUACUUCUUUGCCUUUCUCACGGAAGUCGUUCAUUCUGUGGUGGGGCGUUUGUAUAACUUCCGGCCCCUCCUCACUCGCACGGAGGUUUACAAAACCGGGGUCACACACUAUUUCAGCUUGGAAAAAGCCGAGAAGGAGCUGGGCUAUGAACCCCAGCAGUACAGCCUCAAAGAAGUGGUGGAGUGGUUUCAAUCCCACGGCCAUGGCCGGAAGGUCAGGGCGUACACCGUAAAGCGUUUCUUGAGAGAUGCCGUGCUUUUUCUGCUCUUUGCAGUGGUGGUGCUCUCAUGGUUCCCCCAAGCAGUAAGAGCAUCUCAUGGGGAGACCAGAAAAUAAUGGUGGACACUUACCUGGACUUCUCUUUUACGGUGCUAAACUGAGAAUAUAUUAGGAAUUAACUCUCAUUAUACUGAGAGAAACAGCUCAGAAUACUCUAGCUGCCUUGCCCUGAGUUGGCCAGCUUCCCAGAAGCCCCUGCAAAAAGAAGCCAGAAGAAACUUCUGAUAAAGGGAGCAACGUUCUACUUUUCUUGUAGGUCAACAUCUACAACACUUUCCGUAUGCCCGAGGCAACAGCCAUUGGCCUGUGGGCAGGAGAUUACCUCCGGUGGUCGAUUUACAGCCCAUUCAUGAUUUCUUUAGAUCAGGCAUGGGAAGCCUGUGGCUCUCCAGAUGUUUUGGUCUCCAACUCCCAUAAUGCCUCACCAUUGGCUACGCUGACUAGGGCUGAUGGCAGUUCUAGGCAAAAACAACUGAGGGCCUCACAAAUUGCCCAUCUCUGCUUCAGGUCUUUAGGCCGCCUUCGUUGCUUGUCCUCAGGCAAAUGUCUGACCAUCCCAGUGUUUGUCUUUCGCUUUGUUUACGACGCAAACUCGUUCCGUGUCUAAUCCUUCAUAGACUCCCAUUCCUGUUGCAUCUAAUGGCGUGGCUGUUGUCCGCACAAGCUUAUUAUGUACAAAAUUAUGCCUGGUAUGGAGAAUGUGGACAGGGAGACAUUUUUCUCCCUUUUCCGUAAUACUAGAACCCAAUGGGGUCACCCCAUGCAGCUGAUUGGUGGUAGAUUCAGGACAGAUAAAAGGCAGGACGUCUUCACCCAGCGCAUUGUUAAACUAUGGAACUCACUACCACAAGAUGUAGCGAUGGCCACCAAUUUGGAUGGCUUUAAAAAAGGGGGUUUGGAUAGAUUCCUGGAGGCCUCACUUCCUUUGUAGGGGUUAAAGGAGGGAUGGCAGAACCCCUUGGGGUCUAAUGUGGAUGUCCAAUCUGGCCUGUGGGACCUCUAUGGAUUAUCCAGGGACAUCCUGGAGGAAUUGCACCAUCUGGAGGGCUUGGCCACGGCGGAAAGCAAGACUUGGACUAGAUCCAGGGUGCAGAACCUAAGACCUGAAGGUCAGAUCCUCCAGGGGGCUCCCCAAAAGGCUAUGCCUCUUUCUCCUGGCCACACACUCCACCAAUCAUUUGGUACUUUCCAGUCUUUUGCGCGGUUUUAACCCCAAAGCUGGAAAUUAUUAUUAUUAUUAGUAGUAGUAGUAGUA